UAAGGAAUUUUAUUCCUGGCAGUGUGGAGACGACUUUAGAGACAGCAUAGACCUUCAUUUUGAAAUAACAUUUAGGCCUACAGGAAGUAUAUUUUGGCAGUUUAAAAUAUACAUAUAUAUAUUUUCAUGUCAUGACAGUCAGGGAGAUCUGAGAUUAAGAGCCUUUAAAUUAGCCCCAUCAAUCAACUCAAAACACAAACCCCACAAUCCCCGCCCCCAUAUGCGCCUGCGCAGAGCCGCUCAGGGAGCUGUCCGUGUCAGUCGGUGCUGGAGUGUUUUCAUUGAAGCCGCUUCUCCUCCUGGUUCACCGAAACAGACGGGAGCGAUGGAGGAAGAGUUAAAAUGCCCAGUUUGCGGUUCUCUCUACAAGGACCCCAUCCUGCUGCCGUGCUCCCACAAUGUCUGCCUGGUGUGUGCUCGGAACAUCACCGUGCAGACCCCGGAGGGAGAGACCUCGGUGCAGAGCCGAGCCUCGGGCAGCUCCGACUAUGACUACCUGGACAUGGACAAGAUGAGUCUGUACAGCGAGACGGACAGCGGGUACGGCUCCUACACGCCGUGCCAGCUCAAGUCUCCAAACGGGGUGCGGGUGUUUCCGCCGGCCAACCCCCACCGACACUGCUCCCUCACCUGCCCGCUGUGCCACCGGAGCGUCUCCCUGGAUGAGCGGGGGCUCCGGGGUUUCCCUCGGAACCGGCUGCUGGAGGCCAUCGUGGCGCGGUACCAGCAGAACCGCGCCGCCGCCUCCUCCUCCUCCUCUUCUACCGCGGUGAAGUGCCAGCUGUGCGACCGCAACCCGGUGGACGCAGCGGUGAUGUGCGAGCAGUGCGACGUCUUCUACUGUAACGCCUGCCAGCAGCGGUGCCACCCGUCCCGCGGUCCGCUCGCCAAGCACCGCCUGGUGCCGCCGCGAAUCCAAGCGGCAGGAGGAGGCGCGGCAAGCGGAGGAGGAAGCGGCGGUCAGCAGCCGCCCGCUACCGCACGGAAACCGGCGACGUGCGUGGAUCACGAAGCGGAAAACUUCAACAUGUACUGCUACAGCUGCAAGGCUCCGGUGUGUAUGAAGUGUCUGGAGGAGGGAAAACACGCCAAGCACGACGUCAAACCGCUGGCUGUGAUGUGGAAACAACACAAGUGCCAGAUCUCCCAAGCACUGAACGGUGUCUCCGACAGAGCUAAAGAUGCCAAGGAGUUCCUGGUUCAACUCAAGAACAUGCUUCAGCAGAUACAGGAGAACGGUGUGGAGUUUGAAGCUUGCCUCGUGGCUCAGUGUGACUCUCUGAUCGAGGCGCUCACCAGACAGAAAGCCAAACUGCUCACCAAAGUCACCAAGGAGAAGGAGUACAAACUGAAGGUGGUGCGUGACCAGAUCACCCACUGCACCAUGAAGCUACGUCAGACCACCGGCAUGAUGGAGUACUGUCUGGAAGUCCUCAAAGAGAACGAUCCCAGUGGAUUCCUCCAGAUCUCAGAUGCUCUGAUCAAGCGGGUGACGUCUUCUCAGGACCAAUGGGUGAAAGGGGCCCUGGAGCCAAAAGUAGGCCCUGAGUUUGACCUCACCCUCAACACCGACUCGCUGCUCCAGACCAUCCUGCAGCUGGACUUCUGCCAGGGCAAAGAUGUGCAGGAGAAUCCGUUAUUGAAACAAAUGCAGGCAUCAGGCAGUGCUGAGGCUGAGAUGGCGACAGAGAGCCCAGGAGUAGAGUCUGGACCCCCGGUGCCGGCGGCUCCUCUCCUGCAGCUGGAGAAGUGCUGCACCAGGAACAACAGCGCCACACUGGCCUGGAGGGUAACUGCACUCCCUAGCAGCCCCAUCGAGGGCUACAUCUUGGAGCUGGACGACGGCAAUGGAGGACAGUACAGGGAGGUAUAUGUGGGGAAGGAGACAGUUUGUACGGUGGACGGCCUCCAUUUUAACAGCUCCUACAAUGCCAGGGUGAAAGCCUACAAUGCCAUCGGUGUGGGGCCGUACAGCAAGACUGUGGUGCUCAAGACCUCUGACGUGGCUUGGUUCACCUUUGACCCCAGCACAGCUCAUCGGGACAUUGUUCUGUCCAAUGAAAACCAGACAGUUUCUUGUAACAGCUAUGAUGACCGUGUGGUACUGGGAACCGCUGCUUUUUCCAAGGGCACCCACUACUGGGAGGUCAGGAUCGAUCGCUAUGACAACCACCCGGACCCUGCUUUUGGCGUGGCGAGGAUCAACACCAUGAAAGACAUGAUGUUGGGGAAAGAUGACAAGGCGUGGGCCAUGUAUGUGGACAACAACCGCUCCUGGUUCAUGCACAACAACUCCCACACCAACAGGGCGGAGGGAGGCAUCACUAAGGGCUCGACUGUGGGCAUCCUGCUGGAUCUGAUCAAACACACACUGACUUUUUUCAUCAACAAGGAGCAGCAUGGACCGACUGCCUUCGAGAGCCUGGACGGGGUCUUUGUACCCGCUGUCAGCCUCAACAGAAAUGUACAGGUGACCUUACUGACGGGCCUGGAGGUGCCAAAGAAUAUCAAACAGUAGGAGAUCCGUCCUCCCUCGGAGCGUGCCCUGGAUACAAACCAACGAUGUCAUAUGCAGUUUGCUCACGUCAGAUGGGAUUUACCCCUCUCCCAUCCUUCUCAAGGUGCCCUUUGUCUUGGAUACACUUCAAUGUGAAACCCUGCUCCAUAAUUUGGGACGAAGGAAUAAAUCUGAGUUAUUAUUGGCUAUAAAUAAAUUGACUGAAGCUUGUGGAUGUCACUACAGAGAGGACUGGAGUUACUGUGGAUUGCCAUACUUUUUUCAUAUCCCAGUUUUUUCCCUGUGAACUCCAGGAUACUAAUAACACUUAUGUUAUUAUUCCAGUAAUUUUAACAAGAAGGAAAAUAGCCUGAAAUUUCUCCUCAAGGCAAGAGACUAAACUAAGCGACCCUCUCACUGACAGAAUCAGCGGUGAAGAUUCCCACACUGUGCUAGAAAAUUAUUUUUGCUUUUAAUUUAGCUAUUUGAGAUUUUCUGAGCUUUUUAGCAAUUUAAUUUAAGAUAUACCAUCAGAAAACACCACAGUAAUUUUUAAAAGUCCACAACAACAAGGUGAUUUCAGGAGGCGAAAAAACGAGGGAGAAACAAUUCAGCAGUGCUUAUGGUUGCUCUGCUUCUCUUUCAGGUGUGUUUACAGCUUUCAAGGUAAAACUAGAUGAAGAGGGUGUUUUGUAGGAGUUGUAGUGGCACCGCGGGAUGUUUCACUCAUGAAAUAUUUAAAAGCUGCACACUUUUAUUGCAGUUGUGGCUCCAACAGCACUGUCUUCUCUGUUUUCAGUUUUUCCUUCUUCCUUAUCUCAUACAAAGUGGCAUAAAGAUUGUUUGGUGCUGUUGUCACAGAAGUUUGCGCACUGAGGUCAUGCUGUGAAUGAUUAGGAUUAGUUCCAUUUCAGUUGUGUGACAGAUCUGCAGAGCACCCUACAGGGGAAAUGUUUUAUUUUGCAAUCUAAAGUGGUAAGUUCAUUAUGGUGCAUUUUACGGCAGUCAGUGGUCUCUCGAUUAGGAUUGGUUGAGUACUUUUGAAGUGGCUUGUCGUUGUCUUUUUAAGAAGGGAGGUAUUUAGUUACACUUUUGCUGGCAGACUGUGAUUUACCAGUCACAGUUCAUUUGCACUACAAGUCUGUCUGCCUCAAGUGGUAGCAUAAAAGGGAGAGACUCACCAGAGACCGGAUGAUGAGAGCAGCAACUUUCCAUGCUUUAUUUUGUCAUCUAAAAUGGUUAAAGGAAUAGUUUGACAUUUUUGGAAGUACACUUAUUUAACUUCUUGCCAAGAGUUAAUGAGAAGUUCUGUGGGUUUGGAUAAUAUUUGGCUGCACAGCACAAGUUUGUAAUGACUUAACCACGGGCAUAUCAGUGAGGUUAGAGGUUAAAAUACGGCUGCAGCAUUUAAUAAACUGUGGGGACUUGUGUUAAUUUGGUUGCCAAAACUACAAACUUGUGUGCAAACAAUUUGUACCUUGUCCUAUUGAAUUAAUCGAAGUGAGGGAACGAGGCAGAUGAAUCGCCUGCAGGAGUAUUUCCUGCCUUGAUGUUUUCCGUGCAGCCUCUCCCAGCCUCUGUAUUCAACCUGUCUCAUGAAGAAAUGUUUUCACCUUGAGGAAUGAACGUCAGAAAAUGCUGAAAUGAAAUGGAACUGAGCCAGACCUUACUUUUUUUUGUUUGUUUUAAUAGCUACUAUAAUAUAUCAAAAGGAGAUGAGAAAAGUGUGGUUGUCUCAUGGUAAUUUUAUUCUGUGCUCAUCUCUCAGUCUCUCUGUAGAAUCUCAGAUGCGUAAAUUUCAGGCACCUUUAAUCUGUCGUACUGAAAAUGAUCUUGAAAAGUCACAUCAGGUAAAGCUACCAUUUGCUGCUACAUUUCUCAUCAGGGAUUGGAUACGGCAGCCUGUAGAGGACAGUAGCUAAAAAAUUCAACCAAACCACUGUGACAAAGGACUUAUGACGUUGUCUUAACAUACAUUACCCAUGUAUAUUUUAUUACUUAUCUUAUUGCAGCAGAGAAUGGAGAAAUUUGUUUUUAGGUUAUUUAAUCUUGGAUUUUAUCUGAAAUAUUUCUAUUCCCUAUAAUGUUGUGAGUGCGAGAGAGAAGUAAUUAGAGGCACAGACAGACCUGUCAUUCAAAGAUUGGGUUUAUGUGGGAAAUCCACAAACUGUAAAUACUGAUAUGUGAAUUAUGAUUAUGAUGUGUGAUAUCAAGCAUGGAUUAAGCAUCAAACAAGUUUACAAAAUAUCUGAAGCUGUAUUGUAAAUAGUGUACUGUAUUACUGUCUUUGCAAUGAGUGAUGUGAAAGCCAACUGCUACCACAGCUCGCCCUCUGCUGUUGGAUGGUGGAAACAACAGGAUUAAUGCUUUUCUGAACUAAUCCUGUUGUUACAGAUUAGCAAACUGUGUUUCAUACCUUUAAUCGCUGACUUUUUAAAAAAUGUCAGCAAACAUUUUUCUGACGAGGUGUCAGAUUUUCUCUGAAAGUUUUACAUCUCUUACUAUAUCAUCAACUAUCUCAUGAUAUUCAAACAUUUAAUCAGGGAUAUAAAAUAGCAGUCAUUUACAUUUUACAGGUUUUUAUAUAUGUUGACAAAUUAUUAAGAUUGCAGGCAGCACUUAUAUCUUAUUUACCACACCCGUAUUCUUUUAAAUUCUCAAUUCAACACAAACUUUAAAUAUGCCAGGUGACUGUACAGAAAUACAAUAAAUUAAAGUAGGUAUUUCUUACUGGAAUUAGUGAGGUCUAUUUUCAAUACAACAGCAGAAACAUUAUAAAUGUGUUAGCCUGUGGUUACAUUUUUUGAAAUUAUUUAAUUGUAGAUCAUUAGAGUAGUAUAAUAAGGUAAUAUCUUUCAAUUUUGGUUAGUUUUACUUCACGAUUAUGGGUUCUAGUUUUAACUGACAAAGAAAUAUACUGAAGAAUAAUGAUUGAGCCUUUCUGGGAGAUGGGAUUAUGUAUUUAUUUAUGAAUCAAAGCUGUUACCUAGAUUGUUAAAUUUAUGAUGUUUACGUCCCAGAACAGCAAACAGGAAGUAUAUUAGGCUAUCACUAAAGUCUGCAAAAAGCCCAACUAUCUUAACUGGUUUUUGCACCUGAUGCUGAAUUAUGUAGGAAAGAUUAUUUUACAGUCAUUAAAAUCUGUAUUUUUUUUUUUUAAUAACAAUGGCUCAAAUGACUGUAAAGUGAAAGGAAUUGCUUGUAGUGAUGAACCCACAGAGAAUUAUCACCCAACUCUACAGUUCCCCUCAGCUCUAAGGAGCGUUUUAGCAUCUUUCAGCUCAUUGUUUUAGUUUUCUCACUUUUAACUUUACUGUUUUGAUUCACUCUCACAGCAUUAUUUUCAGUGAAAUAGGAUUAAACAGCAGACUGACACAGUUAGCUGGUAAUCAUAGUGGAUCUCAGGAGUUGGUGGGGACCAAAAACAGAGUUAAAGGAAGAGUGAAUAUUGUAGUUACAUUUGUCUGUUGGCCAAAAACAUGACUCCAAAUGAAUGCUAACGUUGCUCCAUGUCUGCUGGAUGUGUAAAUAGUUCACCGUAUCCAAAAGGUUUGUUUCUGCUGCCCCCAAAUGGCCAAACAAAAGCAGUUAUUGCAGGUUUAGUGAAGCAUUUCAUUGCAUUGCUAACAAUAAAUCAAGGCAAUAAAAUCUAAAUACAUUAAUUUCAAUUGGCAUUAAUCUGUAUAUGGUCUACCAACUGAAACUGUCAAGAAUUGCUGAAGACAAAGACUAUUUCUAGCAGUGCUUUCCACUAGCACUUACAUUUGCCAUUUUUUUCCAGAUGACUUGAAUGCAGCAUUAGUGUAAAAGUCAGGAUUUUAACCAGUUUCUCCUAACCCAGAAAGCAAACAUCUAACCAUCUGCCAAAGGGGAAUUUUUCCUGACGUGCCCCAGACUGCCAGCUACCAUCUAAGGGCUACAUUUGCAUCAUGUGAGGCUUUCAGGCUACUCGGCUCUACUCUACUUAGCCUUUGCCUCUGACUGUCCUCCCACCUCCCACACCAGAGGAGAAACCUGCCCCAAGGUUGAUUUAGCCUUAACCAGGAAUAGAUUUUAGGCCCACGAGCAAAGGGAGAUGUCUAUCACAUAACCACAUUGAAACCAUUUCUUUCUUCUAAAAGUCUGGAUGAUUUGGGGUUACAUGUCUGCGGGCUGUGUUGAUGUCAAAAUGGUACAGACAAAAUCAUGACUGGAGGGAAUAAAAGCUAAUACUAAGGUGUUUAGAUUCACAGCAUUGCAGAGGUUUAGAAAGUCAGACAGUGUAUCAGGUCAAAUGAGGUUACGCCUUUUCCUUUCCGAAUACAGUUUUUUUCUAAAAUAAUAUUAAAACAAUACUUUGUGACACAGAUACAGACAAAAAUCACAUAUUUAAAACAUUGUCACAUUGUAGUCACUCCUGUCUAGAUAUGGUAUUGUAAGAUUGCUUGUAUGGCAUGUCCCUCUACCCAACACUUACCCACCCAUGAAUGUGAGAUAUUUUACUAAUUUAACUUCAAAAUAUGGUUCUGGAAAAAAGCAUGUCACUGCUGUUCGCUAUUUAACUUAAAAAUGGCAAAUUUAUUUACUCUAUAAAAGUAUGUAAAUAUAUUUAAUUACAUAACUAUUUUUUUUGUAUAUUACCCUCUUUAAUUUGUUUAGUAUAAAAGCUGAAUGGCUACUGAUUAUUUAUAUAUAUAUAUAUAUAUAUAUAUACACACACACACACACACACACACACACACACACACACACACACUGUUUAUGUUGAUUGUCAAGGGUUGUUGCAGGUAAAAAAAGGCUUGCUGGCUGCAAAAUCUCAACAUAAAGCAGAUUUGCUUACAGCUUGAAACACAUGCGAUGUGCUGCAGAUAAGCUUCAUAUUUCCUCAUGCUCUUCUUUUUUAAAUAUAUAAAUAACACAAAAGCUGCUUCAAGAAAAUGGUGAGAGAAUUUGUGACCUCAUCCAGCCGCACACUGCCAGAUCACACCUCUUGUUUCGCCAUCAUCAUUGUUGCUCAGAAUCCAUAAACUUUUAAGUUCUCUCUUAAAUAACAUGAAAUGAACUGGUUUCUGUAAAGAUUUGUAAUGUUUACACCUAGAGCACAGCUUCUGUCAAGAAGUCGUGUACAUAUGGGUUUAUAAGGGAGAAAAACUACAUUGGCAAGACCAGUGCUGCUUUCUCAUGGUCCAAUUCAGAGUGUUUGUAUGCGUUUCUUAAUUUAUUUUAAUAAUUACCCCCCAUCUGUCCUGUUAUGAUCCCCUCCCUUCCUACCAAUGUAAAUGUUUUGUACGACUACAUGGUUUGUAUAUGAGAAAUGAAUUGUAACUGCAUAAUUUUAAAACCUUUACAGUGUAAAACACGAGAAACGCAUUUGUGUUCUUUUUUUUGGUCAUUUAUAAAACAAAAUAAAUUACUUGUGAUGGAAUAUGA